UUGACCUAAAUAGCUGCCAUAGAUAUAACAUGUGCUGCAAGCUGCAAACGUCCCCACUGCUUGACUGGAGAUAGGCUUAGGCCUGCCCGCAAGUAGACCUACAAGUCUCAUAUUAUCAGGUUAAACGAGGUUGCUUCGCAGCAACAAUAUUACAUGUAGCCUAGGUUACUGUCACCUCACAGGACGAACGCACUCGCGCGCACAAACAUACACGCUUGAGUGGACACAGUAGUGUUGUCUGCCGCCACUUCAAAACAUUCAACUGGUCGAAGUGAGUAACGCAGUCAGCCUGAGUUAUGCAACUCUGUACAUCAGCGGGGGGCACAGAGUCGUUCUGUAUGGCGAGGAUGCGGAAGUGUCGGAGAAAGUCACCGCAGACAUCCAAGAGCUCCUGAGCACGUACGAGGAGAAGGGACUUCUCAAAGGGAGUUUGUCCAGGGCGGAGCAAGGGGCGCUUGUCUCGUGUUCUUGUAGCUUGGUGGAGACUGUGUCGGGGGCCUUCCUUGUACAGGACUGCCUGCCGGACAAGCUGGAGACAAAGCGGAAGGUCUGGCAGUCGACGGACCAGUGGGUCAGGGAUGACGUCAUUCUGGUGUCCUCCGCCACCACUCUGAUGCCCUCGCAACUCUCUGAGAAACUGGCUCACAAAAACCGUUUUGUGGUCGUGAAUCACGUGGACCCCUUGUACUACCUCCGUGCGAUGGAAGUGGUGCCGGCCAAGUGGACAGACCCUGACGUAGUGACUAAGACAGUUGCCUUGUUGAAAGAGCUUGGACAGACGCCAGCCACAUUGAAAAAAGAAAUUCCCGGAUUUUUAAUCAACCGAGUCCAGUCGAUGUUGAUGAGAGAAGCCUACCGUCUAGUCCAUGACGGUGUCAUCUCUGCAGACGAGUGCGACACUCUGAUGACUGAGGGCAUCGGCCUACGCUAUGCGCUCAUGGGACCCUGGGAAGCAGUCUAUCUGGAUGCUAGUGGAAUGUACAGUCUCCAGGAAAGGUAUGGGGACAUGGUUUACAAAGCCCAGCUUGACCUGAAACCUGAACUACCGAUGGUCGGAGAAACAGUCGACCGUAUGCAGGCGUCCAUGGAGAGAGUGGCUGGGCCUUCAAGCAAUGGAGCGAAGAGAAUGAAAGCGCUCGAAUCAAAGGUGGCUGCUUUCGCAAAACUAAAACAGGACUUUGAUGAGGAAGACAGUAAAGUAAAAUAGUAACUUCUGUCGCAGCAGGAAAUUGAAAUUUAUUUUGUGUGUAUGUGUGCUAUAUGUGUGGCUGUGAGAUGUUUGUGUGGGAGAGACCGACUCAAAGUGAGCGGUGGUGGUGGUGGUGGGGGGAGAAGAAAGGAGAUAGAAGACUAGAGGUGCAAACACUAAGUUUAAGUUCCAAAAACUGCUUAUGUGUGUGUGUGUGUGUGUGUGUUUGUGUGUGUUUGUGUGUGUGUGUGCUCGCUUGGACGUGCGUGUGUGUGUGUGUGUGAAAGAGCGAGAGAGAGAGAGUGUGUGUGUGUGUGUGUGUGUGUGAGUGUGUGUGUGUGUGUGUGUCUGUCUGUGUGUGUCUGUGUGUUUGAGUGUGCGUGCACAUGUGUAUACAGGCCAAAGAGAGAAACUUGCAAUUGUACACAUAGAAUAAGGUGUGUAUCUAAAAUAAAGUCUUUAUUUCAAUGAAAACAUAAUAUUAGUCCAAAUACAAAGCUUACCCAUGAUCCAUCUCGAGUCACCAUACAUGACAGAAAAACAACAAAAAUAAAAUUACUUUCAAACAGAU